AUGGGCUUGAAUUUGGAUAUCGGAGGACUUGAGUGUAAGCAGCUCGAUAACGACUAUCCUCCGCUUGCAGCUGCUAGUCUGGUGCAGGAGCUGCUUGAGAUCGAUAUGGGUAUUGAUAUCUUGCUGUACGAUAAGAAGAGGCUGAAUAUAAAACCUUGGCGCUCUGUAUUUAAGGAUAAAGGUAUAAAUACUCUGCCUGGCUGCGUACCGAGCUGGGAAGAACUUAAUACUGUCUGUGAGCGGGCGAUAGAAUACUUUAAUUCCGAUUACGAAGAAUUCAGCUGGAAUAUAGAAGUAUAUUAUCGGCUUCUUAAAAGCAUCUUCAGAGGAUCGGGAGAGCCCUCUACCCAGCCCUUUGACUUUAUAUUAUACUAUAUAGGAACUAUCUACCUUGUUCUUCAAGGUAAAAGAUGGUGGAUUUUUACCUCUUUGAUGGUUCCGACGUUGAUGCUCAAGCGUGCUGAGUACUUGCUCAGCACAGUUAACUACACUGAUUACAGGCCUCUUCAGCUAUACCCUAUCACACUGAGUAUUAAAACGAAACGUUCUGGUAAGGAUUUGGACGUAGUACAGCUGCAGAUAGGUUCCGCUGUAAAGGCGGUGAUUACGUCGACUCAGCCUGAUAGGACAGAUGAGGAAGCGAUUACAGAUACUCUUUUUGUGUUUUCUAUGUUGGAGCCUCAGAAUAUAACCCUGGAAGAUGGCACUAAUAUUACAGAGUUUGGGUCUAUGCAGAGCAUUCUUAAGAUGUACCAGAUUGUUGCUGGCCUUUGCUGCCUGGCAGGAUGGGCAAAGGAAUUCUAUAUGCCCUGGUACUAG